AUGGAGGGACUGCUGCAGACUGCACGAGUGAUGCUCGUUAUUGAAGAUGGACGUAAUGUCCAAACACGUGUCGUAAUACCGGUGCCACCAUUAAUGGCACCAAUAGCGCCUGGACAACCUGCAGUAUCGCCCACGGUGCCGACAAUAGCACCGCCGGUGCCCCCGGGUAGAGUACCAGCGCAACCAGUCGGAAGCAGGUACCGAUUGCCUAGUCGAGAACGUAGACGAUUAUGAAAGGUUGCAAUAUUUUAAUACUUCAUUAUAUUAUUUCUGUGUACAAUAUAGAAGAGUAUCAUUGGUAAUUAUCAAUAUCGUUUUGUGUUUUUGUUUUCGCCUUCAUAAUGCGACUCUCGAUCCUGUUCCCUACAAUCAGCGAUAUAAAUAAAUAUUGCCUUUUUUAAUAAUUCUAUCCUAAACAUUUUUAUCCAUUCAAUCGUUGUUGGGAUAACGUGGCGAAGAAAUUUGGACUAUAUGGGUUAAUAAUAGUUUACUCUGCUUAAAAAAAAAAAAAAAAAGAAUGCAAAAUCAAGAACAAUUUUCUUGAGUAUUAUCAUCAUUAAAAUUGCAUAUUUUACAUAUUAUGUUUAUAUGGUUUCGUAUUAAAAUUAAAUAAAAAUAUUCUAACGAUUUAUCGUAUCGUAUUCAUAUUUUUAAUAUUUAAAAAAGCGAAAAGUAAAUUUGAUCAUGGGGAAAAAGAAAAAACAACCUGUCAAGUGGAACGUAAAUAGAGGAAAUAUCUAGUGAUAUUACUUUGCAAUAUAUACAAAAGUAGUAAUAACAUUAAAGUAGUCUAGUCUGAGCUCAAAACUUAUUAAUAUUAUUAUUGUUUUUAUAUAAUCAAGUGUGGGUGAUAAAAGACCGUGGAACAUUUUCUCUUUAACCGAUGGGUUGUAUCGGGAAGGUCUAGGGAGGAUAAAUUGGAUAUGUGAAGAUUUGAAUGAUCGAGUAGUUUAUUUUGGAAUUGUUUAUAGAAUUUAGAUGCUUGAUAGAGGAUGGUCAUUAUGUUUGGGUCAUUGUGAAGGGUUCGAUUACUUAUAAACCAAGGGGCAUUAGUUAAUGUUCUAAAGGAGAUUGAUUGGAAGGAUUGAAUAACAUUUAUGUUUGAAUUUUUGAAUGCUUCCUAUGAAGACGAAUUCAAAGUGAAAACAUAUUAUUCAAUGAAACUUUCAAGUCUUUACGAUUAUUUCUAAUUAAGCUACAAAAACAAAAUCGACAAUAAUAGAUACCGUUUUUAUUGAAACUUUCUUGGUUUUUUUUUUUUUUUUUUUUUUAAUUAUUUAGAAAACUACAAGAAAAAUUAAAAUUUAACAUUCUCAACAACUACACUGAAUUUACUAUCAGUCAGUAUCAGAUUUUAAAAAUAAUAGUUGUUGUAUAGAAAAAUCGUUUACAGACAGAAAGAAAAAAAAAGCAUACAUAUACACAUAGAACUAAUAUAAUCUUUGCUUCAGUCAGAAUCUAAAACGAAACUUCACAUCGCGAUACUGCUGAAUUAUCUACCUACAUUCGUUCUCUUGGUGAUUAUUAAGUAGUGUUUAUUGUAAGUAUAGUCUGUUGCUUUUGCUGUGACAGUUCUAUUUUUUGCACAUUACAAUCGUAUUACCAGAACUCGGUCUAUUACGAAGACGAGAGUACAACCUAACCUAACCUAACCGAUUGUCGAAAACAAGUAAAUAUUGGUAAACCAUUCGUAUGGUAUUUUUCAAUUUAUUUUUACUAUUAUUACUAUUUAUUUAUCGAUUCAUCCCUAUGAUACUAAAUCAAUCGUUAAUGUAUUGUUAUCUGAAAUGGUACACCUACCUUUAUUAAAUUAUUGAUUUAUUAAUCGAUUCGUUGCUACAGGUAACACCAAUAAUACAUUUUAUACUUUACUAUUCAGUAGUUAUUAAAAGUGUACAGUGUAUACGCGUGUAAGUAUAACGUAUUUUGUACGACGCGCUUAAAUUUAUUAUAUUGACUUUAAGAGUUUCGCGGUCGAGAGGUUUUUGAUGUUCGCUGCAGAAACGACGAUGAAUGAUAUCCAAUCGCCGGAAACCGACGCUAUGGAUGUCGAGACCGGUUGUCCGGCCUUUCCGCCGGAAAAAUCCGACAAGCUCACGCAAGUAAUGAAUCGCAAGUACACGUCGCUGCCGGCUCGCUGGAGUCGCGCCAAUAAUAUCAACGUAGACCCGAAAGAUUCGGACGCGGCCAAGCCGAAGAACCGUUCCGGCAGAAUGACCAGUUUUUUCGUGAGUACCUAUAUAAUAUUGCCAUCUUCCAUCUGUAUUGUGCUAUUGUCAAAUUUCUCCCAAAAAUAAAUACUAUUUCACUGUAACGGGUCUGUUAUAUAGAUAUAUGCCUAUGUUUUUUUUUUCCACUACGUUUGAGCAUUUAUGGUGGAUCCUUCUAGUCCGUCGAAUGAGCUAAAACUCAGGAAACUGAGUCGUUUUGUAGGCGGAUUGAAGCUGUACAAGUUUGGUAGAAUUUCAUUAUGAUUUUAACCGUGUUGUUGUGGGUAUUUUUUUUUAGCAUUUUAUACACCAACAGAAUCUUCAAAUGAAACCAGGGACAUGACAUUUUUGUAUAUGCACGACUUUAAUAUCAAAGAUGUGACUUUUGUGGGAGGUUUUAACUUAUAAACACCACCCCUACCAUUUGUGUCAUUAGGUAUUUCACUUUUUUUUAUUUGGAUUUUACAGAGGUAAUAUUAAAAUAGUACCAAUAGUGUUCGUUUAUUUUUUAUUUUGCAAACAAUAUUUCAAUAUAUAGUAGGCGGAACUCUGUUACACGGGUAUUUCGUUUAAGUAUAAUAAAUGGCUCAAUUUAACAGAGGGAAUCGUAAUAUAUAGCUCUACGUCCAAAAAACCACUUUUUUUUUUUUUCUAAAACUUAAUCGUCGCGUAUUCACGUACCAUUGUCCAAUAGAAUCUCAUCAGUCACUCAAAAUAUCUAGUUCUAUAUAAGUUCAUAUACUUGUUUGUACAAUAAUUAUACUUAUACAAUAGUAAGUGCGCCUAUCACGAAUAUAAUAAUAUAUUAUGUGAUGGAAACAUACAAAUCACCGAAUUUCGGUAUAUUGUGCAACUUAAAUCUGUAAGGUCAAGCGUAUUAAAGUUAUUGAAUCGAAUGUUUUUCGGUAACCACCACUUAAUAUAUAUAUAUAUAUUUUUUAUAGUUCGUAAUUUUAAUAUUCGAAUAUUCGAAUAUUAUGUUUCAAACACUAUACGGCUAUUAUAUACUUUUGUCAAUGGCCUCUGUGUAUUAGAAGCACUUUGAAACCCGUGGUAAAUCUCGGAAAAUAUGUUUUAUUUGUGUGCAGAAAAACUUAAAGGGCCGAGUGAAAUCUAAACCGCUAGCCGGGACGUCUGAAAGUUCGGAAAAUCAAAUUGAACAUGACUUCGGCCAACCGUCGAUUUCCGAGGAAUUGAAUACCUUGUCGGACGCUGGGAAUGAUGAAGAACUCCAGAGAGACGUUAGUCUCGGCCACAGUAAAAACUGGUGGAAACGCGUCUGGGGCACAAAGUAG